AUGCCGCAGCCACCAACAAUUCCUUUGCCGCAAGCCGAUCAGCUCGCACUCAUGGACGCCAUGGUGCUGUGCUAUACUGGGGCGAUGAUCGCUGACACAGAACGAACGAUACUAAACAGACUGAGCAUGGCUGGACAAAUACCAGGCCCUCGCGGCCUGCCGCUGCUCGGCAAUCUACUUGAUGUUGACUUUGAAGUGCCUCUAGCGGGCAUUGAACGACUUGCGGAUCAGUAUGGACCGAUCUACCAGAUGACGAUAAGAGGCAAACGGCAGGUUGUGUGCAGCAGUGCAGCACUGAUGGAGGAGUUGACGGACGAAAAGCGUUUCGUGAAAGUUCCACCUGGAGCGAUAACCGAAGUCGAUGGACCAAGGGGACUAUUUGCUGCCACGAACGAAGAUCCGGACUGGCACCAAGCUCAUCGUAUCCUGAUGCCGAGCUUUUCGACGAUGGCCGUCCAGGGCAUGUUCGAUGGCAUGAAGGAUAUCGCGAAUCAACUCAUCCUCAGCUGGGCUCGGAAAGGUCCUGAGAAUGUCAUCAACGCACCCAAGGAUUUCACCAAGCUCACACUGGACACUAUUGCAUUAUGUACUAUGGACUAUCGCUUCAAUUCGUUCUACCAGGACACGAUGCAUCCUUUCAUCGACGCCAUGGUGAAGGUACUUGUCGAGAAUGGCAACCGGUCAACGCGCCCCGGCUUCCUCAACAAGGUCAUGCUGCGCAAAGAGAAGGAGCACGCAGAGCGAAGGCUGUAUCUUCGUAAGGUCGGUCUUGACAUCGUUGAGAAUCGUCGACAGAACCCAAAGGAGGGUAAGGAUGUGCUGAACACGAUGAUCUACGGGAAAGACCCAAAGACAGGACAGGUCAUGCGAGAUGAGUUGAUUUCUGAGCAGAUGUUGACGUUCCUGAUUGCAGGACAUGAGACGACCUCAGGAUUGCUGUCUUUCGCCUUCGCCGAGAUGCUCAGAAAUCCAGAGACCUACUUCAAGGCCCAGGCAGAGGUCGAUCGUGUGGUCGGACAGCGAGCCAUCCAAUUCGAGGACAUCAAAGAUCUACAUUAUCUCAAUGCCGAAGCAUCAAUCGUGACGCUAGAUGGAUAUGUCGUCAAGCCGGAAGACAGGAUCAUCGUCAUGUUGGCUAAAGCUCAGCGAGAUCCGAAGGUAUGGGGCGAUGACGCCGAUCAGUUCAAGCCAGAUCGCAUGUUGGAUGAGAACUUUGAGCGAAUCUCAGCCCAGUUCCCCGGAUCGUGGAAGCCGUUCGGCAAUGGUCGUCGCGCAUGUAUUGGACGACCUUUUGCCUGGCAGGAGGCACUCCUUGUCACAGCAAUGGUUCUACAAAGCUUUGAUGUGAAGCUCGAGGAUCCGUCCUACAACAUUCCCGUAAAGCAGACGCUGACGCUGAAGCCUGAUAAUUUCAAGAUCAGAGUCGCACCACGAGAUGGCCAGACCGCAACUGACGUGGAUCAAUUCAUCCACACAGGCAAAGCUACUACCACAAACAAGGACACUCGCUCCAACGGUGCUGCUGCCAGCAAUGGUACGGUCAGACGGCCCCUGAAGAUUCUGUACGGAUCCAACACGGGCACAUGUCAAGCACUGGCUCAAAGAGCAGCCUCAGAUGCUGCAAGUCUGGGCUUUGCUGCAGAGAUCUCCGACAUGGACAGCGCGACUGGCCCGAUGUCCUCCAAGAAUGGACCCGUCGUGAUCUUCACGUCUUCGUACGAAGGCGAGCCACCUGAUAACGCUGCGAGGUUCAUCGAGUGGCUACAAACAUGCUCGAAUACGUCGUUGUCUGGGGUCGAAUUUGCUGUCUUCGGGUGUGGUCAUAGGGACUGGGUCCGCACCCUACAUCGCAUUCCGAAGCUCACUGAUGAGCUGAUGGCCAGAGCUGGAGGAAAGCGCAUGGCUCAGGCGGGCUUCACUGAUGUCGCCAAGGGCAAUGUCUACGGCGACUUUGAAGAGUGGCUCGACGCUACUCUGUGGCCUGCACUCCGUUCUACAGGAAGCGUCGAUAGCGAUGAAGGUCUCCCUGGGCUCGACUUCGAGCUCUCUACAGAUGCACGAGCUACGGCUCUUCGCUUCGACGUGCAGCCAGCCACUGUGAAAGCCAAUAACAGGCUCACUUCCGGGACUGAGCCCGAGAAGUAUCACCUCGAAAUCAAUCUGCCGUCCAACACCACCUACGAGUGCGGUGAUUACCUUGCGAUACUUCCGCAGAACUCCGACCUUGCCGUCAAAGAAGCAAUGUCGAUCUUCAACCUACCUUGGGACAGUGUCAUCACUCUCAAAGGCAACGGCCCUUCCUGCAUCCCCCUAAACACCCCAAUGCCGGUCUCCGAGAUCCUUCGCUCCUACGUCGAGCUAUCCCAACCAUGCACCAAAAAGACCAUCCGCUUGCUAGCUUCACACAGUCACGAUAGCCACGUCCGCAACCACCUCAGCUCGCUCGCCGCGAAUGACGCCCUGUACACUGCCGAGAUCACCAAGAAACGCGUAUCCCUCCUUCACCUCUACGCCCAAUACUCGACUUCGAUUGCCCUCCCCAUCGGCACGUUCCUGUCCCUCCUCCCUCCGCUCCAAGUCCGCCAAUACUCCAUCUCCUCCUCUCAACUCGCCCACCAGGGUACCUGCACGCUCACGUACGGUGUCCUCGACACCACAUCCUUGAUUGACCCCACGCUACGGUUCCAAGGAGUCACGUCGAACUACCUCCGCAGCCUCCAGCGCGGCGACACGAUCCAUGUUGCUGUCCGGCCUGCCGCCAAAAAGUCCUUCCGCUUGCCCCUCGACAUUGAAAGCACGCCCAUGCUCAUGUUUGCGGCCGGCACAGGCCUCGCUCCCUUCCGUGGCUUCUGCCAGCAGCGCGCAAUCCUGGCUGCCAGCGGCCGGAAGUUGGCUCCAGCAAUGCUGUUCUUAGGUUGUCGAUCCCGCACGACAGAUCGACUGUAUGCUCAGGAGAUGGAUCGGUGGGUGGCGGAUGAGGUUGUGGAUGUGAGGUAUGCAUUCUCGCAGGAGUCGGAGUGGAGUGCCGGGUGCAGGUACGUCAAGGAGAGGGUGGUGAAGGAUCAAGAGGAGGUGAGAGGGCUGUGGAGGGAUGGGGCAAGGGUGUAUUUGUGUGGGAGCAGAGCGUUUGCCGAGGGGGUGAGGGAGGCAGCGGGGGAGAUCGUGAGAGGGUUGAUCAGGGAGAAAGCGGAUGGGACGAUAAGAAACGAGGCGGCACUGCAGGAGGUGGACCAGAGGUUCAAGGAGAUGUUGGUUGAGAGGGUUGCUAGUGAUGUCUUUGAUUGA